GACCUCUUGCAUUCCCGUCUACUCUCCACUCUUCGGCCACCGCCAAAAUGAGUUGCCUUAGGAUGCGUCGUACGCAGCUUGCAAGCCAGCUCGCGAAGAGUUUCCGCCCAACUGCCCGAGCUUUCUCUUCAACCCGUCCUGCGCGACGCAUAUUCGCUACCGAAAACCUGCGGGCAAAGGAAGUGUCGGGCUUCAUUUCGAGUAAAUACCCCGUCAUUGACCACGAAUACGAUGCCAUUGUCGUUGGCGCUGGAGGCGCUGGUCUGCGAGCGGCCUUUGGUCUUGCUGAAGCUGGUUUCAACACGGCCUGUAUAUCGAAGCUCUUCCCCACUCGGUCACACACUGUAGCCGCACAGGGUGGUAUUAAUGCUGCGCUCGGAAACAUGCACGAGGACGACUGGAGAUGGCACAUGUAUGAUACCGUCAAGGGCUCAGAUUGGCUUGGUGACCAGGACGCUAUCCACUACAUGACAAGAGAGGCGCCCCAGUCCGUCAUUGAGCUCGAGAACUACGGCUGCCCAUUCUCAAGAACUGAUGAUGGUAAAAUUUACCAACGUGCUUUCGGUGGACAAUCGCAAAAGUAUGGAAAGGGUGGACAGGCAUACCGAUGCUGUGCUGCCGCUGACAGAACUGGCCACGCUCUCCUCCACACUCUCUACGGACAAUCUCUACGACACAACACCAAGUACUUCAUCGAGUUCUUCGCUACCGAUUUGAUCAUGGAAGACGGUGUCUGCAAGGGUGUCGUUGCCUACAACCAGGAGGAUGGAACCAUUCACCGAUUCAUUGCAAAGAACACCGUUCUGGCCACUGGAGGUUACGGACGUGCCUACUUCAGCUGCACAUCCGCCCACACCUGCACUGGUGACGGUAUGGCCAUGGUAGCACGUGCUGGACUCCCCAACCAAGAUUUGGAGUUUGUCCAGUUCCACCCCACGGGUAUCUAUGGUGCUGGCUGCUUGAUCACUGAGGGAUCCCGUGGAGAGGGAGGUUAUCUGCUCAACUCCGAGGGUGAGCGAUUCAUGGAGCGUUAUGCGCCAACCGCCAAGGAUCUUGCUUCCCGCGAUGUCGUCUCCCGAUCAAUGACUCUGGAAAUCCGUGAAGGCCGCGGUGUCGGUCCUGAGAAGGACCACAUCUACCUGCAGCUAAGCCAUCUGCCCGCUGAGGUCCUCCACGAGCGUCUGCCUGGUAUCUCCGAGACUGCUGCCAUUUUCGCUGGUGUCGAUGUCACAAAGCAGCCCAUCCCCGUCCUGCCCACUGUCCACUACAACAUGGGUGGUAUCCCCACCAAGUACACUGGUGAGGUCAUAACACAGGACGCACAGGGUAACGACCAGGUCGUUCCAGGUCUGUUCGCUUGCGGUGAAGCUGCUUCCGUCUCCGUCCACGGUGCCAACCGUCUUGGUGCCAACUCUCUCCUGGAUCUCGUCGUCUUUGGCCGUGCUGUCUCCCACACUAUCCGCGACAACUUCAGCCCCGGUCAGACCGCCGACCCCGUCCAAGCCGAUGCCGGUGCCGACUCAAUCGCCGUCCUCGACAAGAUCCGCAACUCGGACGGUGCCAAGUCGACCGCCGAGAUCCGUCUCCAGAUGCAAAAGGUCAUGCAGACAGAUGUCGCCGUCUUCCGCACACAACAAUCGCUCGACGAGGGUGUCAAGAAGAUCCACGAUGUCGACGCCGAUUUUGCCAAUGUCGGCAUCAAGGACCGCAGCAUGAUCUGGAAUUCCGACCUCGUCGAGACGCUUGAGCUAAGGAACCUGCUCACCUGCGCUGUUCAAACCGCCGAAUCUGCCGCCAACCGCAAGGAGUCGAGAGGCGCUCACGCCCGUGAGGACUUCCCCGACCGUGACGACGAAAAGUGGAUGAAGCACACGCUGUCGUGGCAGAAGCAGCCACACGGCAAGACUGAGUUGGGUUACAGGAGCGUUGUUGGCCACACUUUGGACGAGGCUGAGUGCAAGGCUGUGCCACCGUUCAAGCGUACCUACUAGAGAGAAGUUGUUUGGGGAGGGGGCAAGACAAAAGGGAAAUUUUGCACAGAUGACGGGUUGGUUUGGGUUUUUUGUAUUUUAUGUACAUGAGCUGAAUGAAUGGGUUGGGAGGAAGGAAGAAAUUCAGCAAAACUGUUGAGAAUAUCUGAGUUCAGUCCAGGGUAGAAGGUGCUUGGGAGUCACAUGAUAUGCUGGUAUGGCAGGCACUGCCCGGUGGGCAAUAGCACCCACCACAACAGCCUGUGUUGGUGACACUCAACACGAUAGUCAAUACAAUACGUUGCAGCC